AUGGGAGGUCAGAGGAUGAACAGAAUUUUGAGAUCUAAUGGAGCGUCACAUCUGACAACAAGCAUUGCUAAUCGUAGUGCAGAAGAGCAAAAGAGUAAGGAAUAG